GUUGAAUUGUUGGUUUAUAUAUCCUCCAAUCGUAGCCAAGGACUUUGCAUCCUGCAGUAAUCUACAAUCUUCAAGCGGGUCUCGCAAUUCUUUAGUGACCGUUAAAACCCUUAUUUGGGUUUGGUGCUGAUGGUGGAUACCGUACUCUAUUGACACAUCAGGCUUUGAGGAACUGUCAUGUCCAAAUUGACCUCCGAAGUUGAAGUCCUUCAUGUAGAAGUUCACCGUCGAAUGAUCGAGAAUGGAGAGUGGGAUCGAAUAUUGCAUCUCCUGUCCUCUAAGCUCUCUGAAAGCGGAUGGGCGGAUGACCUUCUGCACCGUGCCAAAGAAAACAGUCGAAGUAUGGACCCGCUUUCCCUUCAGACGAUCCUGCAGGAAUUGUUAUCGCAUGCGCAAACAAGUGUGCCUCUCUCCGUGAAACGGGAAAUCACAACUCUUAUCAAGCAAUUCGUGAGGGAGCAAUUCGAGAAGUAGCCAAUACACCUUGCAUAACUCUCUCCUUAUCUCAUGCGAAACCGUUCAUGUAAUUCUGUUCGCAAUCAUAAGUUAAACGGAAUGACUUUGGACUACGCUAUUCAAAGGACACGCGCCCCAGCAUUUUCCUGCGGUAACCGUGGAUUUCUU